UUUCACUACCUACAACUUAAGCAGAGAUGGCCGAAUCAAAAUCUCAGGAAGGAAACUAUGAUAACAUGAUAAAGUUGGUGGAGGACCUGAACGGGGACUUAGAAAAACUUCUGGAGGAAAUGGAAAAGCAAACAGUGCAGGCAACCUGGAUGGCGUAUGACAUGGUAGUCACACGUACCAACCCAGACCUGGCCAACUCCAUGAGGCGUUUGGAAGAUGCCUUCCUGAGUUGCAAAGAAGAGGUGGAGAAGAAAUGGCAAGAGGUGCUAAUGGAAUCUAAAGGUGAAGAGCAAGAAAAGGAAUAAAUUUAAUUCAGUCCUACUUGCAGAACUACAUCCCUUGGAAAAUUAUUCCAGUCUUUGUUUUCCAGCCAUGGAGGUUUCACAAACCCUGUGGAAAAUGGAUUGGCUUUCAUCUUGCUAGGAACUACUUAUGUGUAUGCAUCUAUGGAAGUAUUUUAAUGAGAUUAUACAUAUGUAUAUUUAUAUUGUUGAAGGUAAAAGGUAACAAUGUGUCUAUUUUUAUGAUGAUCAUCAGUAAUCCUUGUAGUGUGUGUGCAUACUGAAGUUACUUGCCCUCUGUGUCUUUCUUCCUGGAAGAUCAUACUCACUUUGUCAUCAAUAUACGUGGAAUUCUUUGACACCUGAACAAAUGGGGGUCAGGGAGCAGGGGAGCUGCAGUGGACCACUGUAGUGGUAUUGCACCAGCACAUGCCUUUCAGGGAAAACUGAAAAAUGACAUCUUUCUCCGAAUCAAAACCAAGUGAAAUUCUAGAUUUGCAGAUAGAUACAUUUAGUUUGAUGUGGGAUUGCCAACUAGGUGUUCUGUUAUAGAUUUUGUUAUUCAGAUAACUCAUCUGUAGUUGGUUCAUUGUUUCCUUGGAUUUUUAACCAUUUUUUUGGACUGGUCUUCCCAGAAAGAUUGUUCUUCUCAAACCUUCUGAAGGUACCAUGUCUCAUUUAAGAAAAAACUGUUUACCAUUAUAGACUGCACUGUGUGUGGUGUUCUCUGUGGGACUGCUGCACCAGCCAAAUUAACCAUGCUAGAAAACAUGCUUUUCUCUGUAUGUUCCUACUGUGCAAUAUUAAAAAAGGAAGAAAAAAAAUUACUUUUCUUUUGUAGUCAAGACGUUGAUUAGGAGCACCACCUUGUGGCCUGUAGUUAAUGCAUAAAUAGUAUUUUAUCUGAGAUGGAAGUCAUUGCAAGUUUUGAGAAAGAUCUUCCCUUUCAUUAAAAUCAGUCUCUUUUAACUAGAAAGUAUGCACCAUGUAGGAAGCGAGAGCAUCUCCAUCUCCUUUCUCCAUAUCCUUUGAAGAGGCAUUUAAUGAUUUAAAUCACAUCUCGAUCUGUCAAAAGUUUCUUAAUUUGUAGACUAUGUAUCCUCUUGAGACUGGCUGAUCUUCAUUCACAGACAGAAUGUUUAUCCCACAGAAGUGAAAAAUAUGUAAUUUCACUCUCCCCCCUCCCCCCAAUGCUACCAAGUGUUUCUAGAGGUACAAAUAGUAAAGAACAAACUCUGUACUCUUGACUUUCCAGCAGGUAGGUAUUCCUUCCAGCCAAAGUAAUGCAAAAUGUCAGAGCAGCACAAGGAAACCUUGAUUAAUCUCUGGAGGAUUUUUAAUGGCACGUUGUCACUUUGGUACCUUUGACUGCAUUGUCUUCACUCUUUAAUUUUGUAUUAAAACCAAAAUUCUUUGAA